CUUCAACGUCACAGUCUCAGUCUCAGUCCCAGUCACUUCGCGCAACCACAUACCUCCGUCGACAUGCGAUCUUCGAAUCUCCCGCUACGGCACAUCGCCAAUGGGCUUCUGCCCCCUCGAAUGGCCCCGGCCGUGCGCGCCUGUCCCACACCGCUGCAAUCGCGUCUAUACUCCACAUCCAGAGCCAUGCCACGAUUAGCCCAGCGCUCGGUAUGGACGUCGCUGAUCCCACGAUUCCUCCGCGAACGAAGUACAAAAGACCCCAAGUCAGACUCGCCCAAGUCGAAAGAAUGGAACCCCGCCAGCUUCUACAUCAUCAUCUUCAUCCUGAUCGGAUCGCAAGCCAUCCGCAUGAUCGCGCUCAAGAACGACUACAAGGCCUACACGCGGACGACGGACGCCAAGAUCCUGCUUCUGCGGGAAGUGAUCGAGCGGGUGAAGAGCGGGGAGGAGGUGGAUGUUGAGAAGUUGCUGGGGACGGGCGAUGCGUCGAAGGAGAGAGAGUGGGAUGAAGUGCUCCGAGAAAUCGAGGCGGAAGAUUCGCUAUGGCAUCGUAAAAAUAAGAACGCAGACAAGGAGCAGGACACGCAACCGCCGCAAGAGCAGAAGGUGCAGGCGGAAUCAAAACCCAAGGAGCCUGUGGUGCCUGCUGAAGGAAAUGGGACUGCCGAGCCCCCGGAGGGCAGUGCCUCGAGACGCAAACUCAACUUCUUCUAGACAUCUCCUUAUACCCCGUUGGCUAUACCGGUCGUGUGUUCUCGAUUGGGCGAAUGCCGCAUAUCUGGACAUCUGAGACUGCAGAUAUAGGACGAGUGUCUCGUCUCAAAAAUUAAAAUUACAACUACCUCAGUCAAGUGCUUAGCAUGCCGUAUUGUAUCAGUUACAUGCUGUCGCGUGGAGGGGGCAUAUGUGUUAAAGAGGGGCCAUGUUCUUCUUUGAUCUCUCCGCCGACAACAUUUCAUAACUCUGUAAUAUAUUUAUCUUCCAAUCUGCGAC